AGAGCAAGCGAGCUGACGAGCGUUGAGGACGAAUGUAACGACGCGCAGAGAGCGCACGACAGGUGACCAGGAUGCUCCCGCUACUCCCUCUACUGCUUGUCCUCCCCCGGAGUGUGUGUUCGUGCGCACCGCCGACAGAGGUGAGCUGCUACGUUGCAAACCUGGACUACAUAAACUGCACAUGGAAUCAACCCAAUGCUCCUGAUCUCAACUACAGCUUCUACGCAAAUUAUCAAGGUUGUGGUCAGGAGGAGUGUGCUCAGUACCUGGUGGGUGACGAGGGCCAAAGGGUGGGCUGCCGAUUGGCCUACAUGGAGCCGGAGCGUUUCAGACAGCUGGAGACGUCUCUGAGAGCGCCAGGCCACUGUUCAGUCGACAAGAAACACAACCUCAAGGAAACAGUGAAACUGAACCCUCCGACCAACCUGAAGCUGCGCUGGGAGGAGAAGGCUCUCUCACUGACCUGGGACGUCCGGGCCGGCUACAACCGCGCCAUCUGCAUUCACAGCAGGGUCCAGUACGGCCUCAACGACAAGUGGCAGAACCCCACUGAGCUGGCUCCUGGAGUGAUGUCUUUCCGCUUGGACUACCCCUCCAACAGCAGUCAGCACAUGUUCCGUGUGCAGGUGCGCCUUGAUGGCUGUGGCUCAUCUGAAUGGAGCAAGUGGAGCCCUCUGGUGGUGUGGGGGAAUCGCACAGAUAGCAGACGUGCGCCCCCUGCUGUGUCGGGGGUGUCUCUGAUCCUCUACAUGUCUGUAGCUGCAGCCAUCCUCAUCCUGCUCACAUGCCUGUUAGUCCACAAUGAGAGACUGCGGGUCACCCUCAUCCCUGUGGUGCCCACCCCUGGGAAGAACUUGACAGAGCUCAUGGACACAUACAACGGAAACGUGGAGAAGUGGCUGCACAUCUCCAAAGAGCUGCAGGAGGGCCUGAAGCCCACGUUCACCGAGCGGCCCUACUCGGUGCGGGAGUAUCGGCUGGUGGGGCAGUCCAGCGUGGAGAGCGACAGCGGGGCAUCUCUGUCCGACUCGCCCUCCCUCUCCUCCUCCUCCGACUCUGGCUCCUCCACCUCCUCAUCCACGCUGCCCUACAGCUCCAACUCCGACAGAUCCUGCUGAACACACCCCAACCUGUCACAGACUAGAUCCUGCUGAACACACCCCAACCUGUCACAGACUGGAUCCUGCUGAACAGACCCCAACCCGUCACAAACUGCAACAGAAAUGCUGAGGCUAUAAAUGUGCAUUAUUUCAAUACAGUUUGGCCUGUCAUUUAGCCUACAUGAAAAUGGAGGUUUCAUCAUGGAUUAUCACACGAUUGUUUCUCAAAACUUAGGCCAACAAGGAUAUGUGGGAAAACUCUUCACUGAUUUCACUGUCAUCAAGGUAAAACAGCAUAUUUGCGUGACAUUGUUCCCAUUUGUUUGAAAUGCUUGUUGGGUUUGCGACACCCUUCCCCAGCUGUUCAUUGCAUGUUUAUAGUACAGUUUGAAGAAAUUUGUUUUAAAACCGAAGGAGGGGAAAUGUUUUCCAAAUAGCCUACCCUGCGUCAUAUUUUGUUGUCUUAGAUUUCACUAUCGGGUAUAACUUUCAAAAAAGACCAGAGGAUAUAAGCUAUUAUCUCCCUCAACAAUGGAAUUCUCUUCUCUGAUUGGCUGAUGGGGUGGCCAUUAACUUCGUAUAACCUGCUACCUGUGAAGUAGUUCCCGUAUCACACUUGAAUAUUAAUUCGCCAAACUCGUUGCGAAGUUUAAAAUGAACUGUCACGUUGCAUCCAAGCUGAAAUACAGACGUGCAGAACCAUAGUAACAUUGUAGCAUAUGACGGAGGUGGAUUGUAGCUAGUUGGAUGCCAUGUAGGCUAUAAAAGUAGCGAUCUUUCAAAGUUAAUGUUAAUCAGAAUCCUGGGAUAUGGCCGCUUGACAACGAGAGAGAUAGAACUAACGACUGGCUUUUGGCCGUAGCAACCAGCCAUUUAGAACUAACGACUGGCUUUUGGCCAUAGCAACCAUCCAUUUAGAACUAGUAACGGCAGUUUUGUCCUGCAAGUAGAAAGUUGAUAUGUGGCGGAAAGUAGUCCCAUAGUCAAGACAGUUUUAGCGAUGUUAACAGACGCAACGGUGGAAUAAAACUAUGUUCUAAAUAUACAGGUUAUUAAUACAAACGGGAGAUAAGCGGGAUAACGGCCUUCGAGGUCGACCGGUUCGAUGGAAAUAAUGGCACGGCGGAGGUAACUCCGUCUCCGUGCUUCGCACGUCGCCGGAGUUCUAGACCUCCACCUAGCCAUUAUUUCCAUCGAACCGGUCACCUCGUCGGCCGUUAUCCCUUACUUAUAGGCUAUUUCAUUGCUCUGUUCGGUUAGGUCUAUCCAGUGAGUACACCACACCCCUAAGAGCCUUAAGUCCACCUUAACCACACCCCUAACAUCCUCCAACUCUGCCUUAACCCCACCCCUAACAUCCUCCAACUCUGCUUUAACCACACCCCUAACAGUAACAGCCUCAACUCUGCCUUAACCACACCCCUAACACCCUACAACCCCGCCUUAACCACACCCCUAACAUCCUCCAACUCCGCCUUAACCACUACCCUAACAUCCUCCAACUCUGCCUUAACCACACCCCUAACACCCUCUAACUCCGCCUUAACCACACCCCUAAUAACAACAGCCUCAACUCCACUUUAACCACACGCCUAACAGCCUCCAACUUCAUUCUUGUCCUCCAUCACUAUCAACUGUGUGUGUGUGUGUGUGUGUGUGUGUGUGUGUGUGUGUGUGUGUGUGUGUGUGUGUAUGUUAGGGUGUUAUGUCUGCAAUUCUUUCCCAUGUAAAUAUAUUUGGCGA